UUUGAUGUGAACAGGUAUUGAGCGAUGGAGGUUCGGAAGCCUAUCAGGGUCCAAUGUGAUCCACUAUAGGUCUAGGGGUUGGUUGCAAUCAGAUCACCGCCAUAUUUGCUGUCACACGGCUGGACGGAAAGACAAAGAUUUGAUUCAUAGAGUUGGAAAUGAAUGUUGUUUGGCUUCGAGUGGGCCAAUACAUACAUUGUGACGCAUGAUUAUCAGCCGCACGAUAGUUUUAUUGCGUUUAGAUCAAUGAACGGAGUAGUCAAACCCGUGGUUAAGCGGAAGUCCUUUUUCAAGCCAAAGGAGUACAAACCGCCGGAACGGGUGCCUCACACUCAAGCCAAGAUGGACUGGUCGCCACCGCCCGAAGCCUGGACCCCUCAGAGGUACUUCGGCAUGCAGAAUCAGCACAGGGAACCGCCCCCAGAGCCCACCGGCCCUCACUGCCCCAAGCCGCCGGAGGACUUCCCCGCCAAGCUCAGCCUCAAGCUGGAGGCAGAGGACAGGGACACGGACCUGGCCCGCAUCUGCAGCGACGCCCUGCACGAGCUGCCGCAGCUGGCCAAAGUUGGCGAGAAGUUCUCGGUGGAGGGCAGCGACCUGAAGUUGGACAAGGGGGAGUCGCUCCUCUUGCUCUUCAUCGCCGAGCUUCCUCGUGUCCACGCGGUGGAUACAUCCAACGGUAGCGAAGUAUGGCUACCCGUGCAUGCCGAGCAGCUCUACGAAAGACUUCCUAUAGAUCCUCGCUUGGAUGACAAGCUGUACACAGGAGUCACAGCUCUGAUGAACAGCAAACCGCUACCAUCUGUCGUGCGGGUACUGGAAGGAUAUGGGUCUGACGAUUACUCGGAGUGCGUGGACCAAGAAGACAUCAUACAGAUCAGCCACAUCGAGGAGAAAGACAGGAGACAUGGCAAAGAGAGGGUUCUGAUCGCCAAGAAUCAAAUCGGACACCGCCUGGCUCUUCACAAAGACAUGGACUGUGCUCACUUCACCACUAUGAUGUCAGCGCUUUUCCUGCACAUGUCCGAGCUGAUUGAGCUUGAAUUCCCUCAGAGAGUGCGAGUUGUCGAGGAAACCAAUUUUGAGAAGCGCAAGCCGAAGGAAGAAAAGGUAUUCAAGUUGUUAUCUUUCAAGAAGGAUCUGCAGGUGAUAGCAACUCGAGCCAAGAAGCCCGGCCUUCUCUCCAUCCCACUUUCCGUACCCCUGGCCCUGUCCAUCAUUUCUUUCAAGGACAAGUCUGUCCAUUCCUGUCUGCCUCCCUUGUUUCCCAACAUCAAUCUCACGUGGGGUGUCAUGGAGUUUGGCAGGCUCCAACUUCCCAAGAGCCUCAGCGAAAUUUGCCAGCCCUUACCCGAGCCUCUCCGUGGCUGGCUGGAGAGUUUUGAAGGAAAAGAGCGUGUCUGCAAAGUGGCCAAAGUCUCCAAGGAAGACUUGGUGAGAGAUCUGAAGGAGUUGACCAACUACAACAAGGAUCUCACCAGCAGGAUCUCCUUCCUGGACCAGGUGGACCGUCCGCUCAUUCCGACUCGGGACAAGCCAGUGGCACCGCCCAGACCCCAAAAGCCACAAACACUCAAGCUUCCUCCAAAACCUCCGACGCUGGUUCCAAAGCCACAUCCAAAACCGCGCAGCACACCUGCCUCAGAGGCUGAAGCAAAAGAAAUUCCUAAAUAUGAGCCGCGGGGAAAAAGCCGCAAGGACUCUGAUGAUUAUGAGAUCCCCGCUGUUAGCAUGGGAGGCGAGGAAGACGACGAUGACUAUGAAGUUGUACCCGAUACGACAGGCACUACAAAGGCAGGCACAGACACAGCCUGUCAAGAGCUGAAGAUCAUACUGCAACAAAAGGAAAAGACAAUUACCAAGCUGAGGGAUGAAAAUGAACGCUUGACGGAGAAGUGCAAGGCCUUAGAGGAAGAGAGAGAACGAAUUCAACAGUCUAACUACAGAAACAUUGAUGAGAUCAACCGACUUCAGGUCCAGAUCGACCGUCUGUUAUCCAAAGAUGAUGAUGAAAUUUAUGACACCAUUUCACCCACGGAGCGCCCGCUUCCAAACCUGCCCAUCAGCCCAGGAGCGGCUAUCUACAACAGCCCCGGAGAUCUUAUGGUUGAGACAAAGUUAAUGUCCCGCACUGACGUAGAGGGUGUGGCCGACAUAUUGAGGCAGCUGAACUUAGGGCAGUACGUUGAGAAGUUCAAACAGGAAGAGGUGCAAGGGGAAUUGCUAGUUGAACUCGAGGAGGAUAUCUUGACGGAGGACUUGGGCAUGACACGGUUACAUGCACGCAAGUUGCUUAUGUACAUAAAAAAGAACGUGAAAUAGGCCAUUGACGCGAUGCAUCUCAAACAGGUAAUUGUGGGGUAUUUAAAUCUUUGGAAUUGCCAGUUUGUUUGUUAAUUAGAAAAAAAUGGAGGUAAUCAUUGUGAUCAGUAAGAUUAGCAAUUGAGUCUAGCAAAGCACUUGCCAUUUGGGGCUUAAAAAAAGGAAAAGAAACAACUGAUCUUGUCUUUAAUACAAGAUAAAAGUGGACUCGAAAUACUACAAGUUGUAAGUACAUCAGUUGCUUGAACCCUUCAAUCAUAAGUGAGAAACAAAAGGAGAGUGAGAAGCUGGCAUUACUCAACACUCAGUUUGCAUAAUUCAUAUUUUUCAGUUUCUUACUGAAUCUAUUAUUAAGAACACAAAAGUAGUAAAAACACAAAAACCCCCAAAACCCAAGCAAACAGAUAAAAUGGCAGAGCAUGGACUUGAAACAUUAACCUAUAAUAUAUAAAUGCAAUAUUAUAUGUUCAAUUACAUAUUUUGUGAUCUAAAUAAUAAAUCUGCAAUGAUCUACUUGGAAAAUGUACCUCGCUAUUUCCUUGUCCCAACAAAUUCAACAGAAAAUGGCCAAGCAUAAAAAAGGAAAUGUUGUGGAGCACAAUGUACUUUACUAUUUCCUUGUUAUGAAAGAGCCAUGUUUUGCACUUUAUACAGAGCCAUUUCCUUGACAAAAGUGGGAUUACAUUAUAUUUUGGGUGGUUCCUUGUAAGUUAUAAUUUAAUUUCUUUUGUUACUACAAAAAGCCACAUUUUUGAUGAUUUUUUUCCCAUGAGGCAUGUAUUUUGUUUCAGGAUAAAAUACCUGUUAGGAUUUGCAUGUGAGAGGUUGGGUUCAAAGGUGUGGGAAGAUUUUGUUGUUAUGGGAAAUGUGAAUCACUUGAAACUCCAGAGCCUACAAGGACUGAAAAUGUAUUCAACAAGAAAACUUUGCUUCCAUGUAAAACAAGACUAGGCUUGCCUUUUUAAUGGUAAAAUCUGUCGGCAUUAAUCUCUUCAAAAUGACAAAGAAAUCAGUCCAGUUUUGCUUUACAGGAGGUAGGACAAUUCUGCUGUUCUUAAUUGUCAUUCUUUUGUGUAUAUGAAUGUGAACUUCAAGUGGGAAAGUCAAUGCUAGAUUAUGCUACGGACGAAUGUGAGAGGGGAGAAAAUUUUUGUCAUCAGAUUUGCGACAGAAUUCAUUAGAUUUUCACCAGUGUUCUAAUGGUGCUAACUUAUACAAAUUCGUAGCAUUCAUGGUUGAUCUGACAUCAAAAUUUUGCUUUAAUGUUCUCUCUUCGGCAAAGAAUGAACCACCCUUAAGGCAUGCUUGUCGACAACUUUUGUUUUGAU